ACAAGAUGAACUUCCUAAGAAAACUGUUUCCUAGUAAGAAAUAUUUUAAAAAUACUACGUCGACCACGAAUACAACAAAUAUCAUAGAAACACAAAGAAUAGACGACGAAAAUUCGCACUCCGACAGUAAUUCGAACGUUCUUGAAGUUGAUUCGACACUAAAUAACUGCGAAGGUGAAAUUAAUAUAGAUAUUGCAGUCGAGCAUAUUUCUAACGAUGUUAUACAUGAAUUAGAUUCUGAUAAAACAUUUUAUGUUCUAAAGAAUGUACCGCCUAUUGAAAUAGGUCGUAAUAACGAUGUUUGUAACAGUAUUAACGAUGAUAGUGAUAAAAAAGAAAAUGAAGAUUCUAAAGUUUUAUAUAAUAUUUCUGAAGAGAUUUUGAAUGAAAAUUGCGUACAACGGGUUCAAAAUGAUGAUAAUGAGAGUGAAAUAAAAGAAAUUAAUAGAAUCAAUGUAGUAGACGAAGUAAAUCUACAACUAAAAGAAUUUGAAGACGUCUUAGUAAAUAUUGAUAAUAUCUUUGAAAUGGACAAUUUAGAAACUCAAUGUAGUUUAAAUUCAAACGAUCUUGACGAUAUUUUGAAUGAAAUAGAUACUGCUAAUGAUGAUUUGAAUAACGAAAUUAACAAUAAUAGCGUUCCUGAUGAAACGGACGCAAAAGAUAGUAUGGAUGACAAGAAAGUUUCGAAUAAUAGUGAAAUUAUUGAUGUAAUUUCAAUAAAUUCGUCUAUAGAUGAAGAUAUGCCUCAAAAUGAAGUUACAAAAGACCUCAUAACUAUAAUCAGUGAUUCAGAUGAUUCGGAAUCAUGUGAAGGCUAUCAUUCAUCAGAUUUUGAAUUCAUAUCCGAAACAGAAGCUAGAAUGGACGGCUUUAUAAUAAAUUUUAGACAAAAUAGACCUGAUGAUGAACAAUUUGAUUAUCCAGGCCAAUUUGUUGAAGAAUUAUUUGGAGAUGAACACUCAGACCCAGGUGAAGGGACUAGUGGCCAAAAUAGGCCCAAAAAUGAAUUCGAAGAUAGAACUUAUAGGAACAAUCAUCAGAUACCUGUAGGAGAUAAUUAUUUAGUGUUGUUUCAAGGCCUUCACAAUCCUCUAAUGGCUGUUUCAGAAAUUUAUUUUUUGGAAAAUAAGUCUGUUAGAACUUCUGCUAUGAAUAGCCAAUAUGAUGGGAUGGGGUUUGAUAAGCAGUUGGCUAUGAGGAGGCAUCAGCCUGAUAGCUCGGAAGAUGAAUUUGCUGACGAUGCAAAAGAAACAGCUGGAAAGAUUUUAAACUUAUAUCCGAGAGAGAACAGAAAAAGAAGGAGACGACGAUAA